AUGUCGAUUAGUAAAACAAAUCUAGCUGAAUCAUGUUCAGGCGAACGAUACUGGUUUGCUUUUCUUUUGUCAAGUCUGGCAACAUUUCUUAUUGGUGUUAUUGCUAUUCUCCUUUGGCGUUGUGGUGCUUUAAUUUAUAAACGCGGACCAACAAUAAGACAUCGAUCACUACGAUUAGUAUCAAAUGCUGAUAAACAAGAAAUAUCGUAUUCAUUUGAUGCAAUUAAUGAACGUAAUUGGGCAACAAUAAUCAAAGAAUAUGCAGCUAAAUUAAUAUCUGGUCAACAACUGCCUGGAAAAAUUCUUGUUAUCGCUGUGGUUGUCUUAAGUUUAGCUUCGUUAUUUAUUUAUUUCUAUGAUGUAAACACACAACCAAUUGAAUCAUGUCAAUUAUGGUCACAAAGUCCAACACAACAAAUUGAUUUAGUCUUUAAUAUUUUUUUUCUUUUCUAUUUUUUUCUUCGAUUUGUUGCUGCACAAGAUAAACUUCGAUUUUGGUGUUUGGAUAUUCAUUCAUGGGUUGAUUAUUUUACUAUUCCACCAUCAUUUACUGCUAUUGUUCUAGGACGAAAUUGGAUUGGAAUGCGAUUCUUUCGUAUUGCACGUAUUAUGAAUAUUCCUGACAUACUUCAAUUUUUACAUGUACUUCGUAGCAGUAAUUCAAUUCGAUUAACACGUGUAUUAUGUCUUCUUCUUACUGUAUGGUUAUCAGCAGCUGGAUUUGUUCAUUUGGUGGAAAAUUCAGGCGAUUUCUUUCAAAAUUAUUCAAAUUCACAAACAAUAACUUAUUUUCAAUGUGUCUAUUUUCUUAUCGUCACAAUAAGCACUGUCGGCUACGGCGAUUACCAAUUGAAAACAACGAUCGGUCAAUGUUUUAUAAUAUUCUUCAUAACUGGUGGUCUCACAUUAUUUGCUCGUGCUAUACCAGAAUUAGCAGAAAUGUUAUCAAAUAAAAAAAAAUAUGCCGGAAAUUAUAGAUUAGAAAAUGGCAAAAAGUUUGUUCUUGUUUGUGGUCAUAUUACAUUUACAUCAAUGGAAAAUUUUCUUAAAGAUUUUUUACAUGAAGAUCGUGUUAGUUCAGAUAGUUUUUAUGAUGCUGAUGUACUUAUUGUUGAUAAAAAACAUACAGUUGAUUUUGAAUUUCAAGCAUUACUUAAACGUCAUUUUACACGUGUAAAAUAUUUUGAUGCUACUGUGAUGGAUCCUGUUGAUUUGGAACGAGUUAAAUUAAAACGAUCUGCAGCUGUUUUAAUCUUAGCAAAUAAAGAUGCUAUUGAUCCUGAUGGUGAAGAUGCAAGUAAUAUUAUGCGUGUAAUUAGUAUUAAAAAUUAUCAUUCGGAAGCAAAAAUAAUUGUUCAACUUUUACAAUAUCAUAAUAAAGUAUUAAUAAAAA